CCGUCCCAGCCAGCGCCUCGUGGAGAGAAGAACAAGCCCCCCGGCGGCUGCACCCAAUCCCAGCAUCUCGUUACCUGCGUCUCAGGUCUAGACGCUGCAUGCUCACAAAAAUGCUCUGCCCAUUCUCGUCGACACACAUAUAAUAUGACGACUCUGUGCUUUUGCUGCGGCAAGACAACUACAAGUACAAGCCCCGACAUGGCCAUCGUCAAUCUCUCUACUCGCACUGCUCUAUAUCAUACUGCACAGUAUCUAUCAGGUCAGCUUCAACUGUACAAUGUUCUAGCAACCCGCCAGAUCUUCCGUCUGAUGCUAAAAAAGCACCGCAACCACUCGGCCGACGCCGGCCCGUCAUGGGUCUGCCCUGCUUUGCCUCCUCCCUGGCUCCCUGCUCUCCCAAGCCAAGGUUCGCACCAAAUCUCCAUCCCCAUCGUCAGCCUGGGCCCCCCCGUCCUUUUCUUUCUUCCCUCUUUUUUGACACAUGGGUUUCCCGGCCCCUCUCUCCACCGCCCCAAGCAAAAAAAGACGGGAAGCUUGUUCGUUUUUGGGCUUGUCAUCCUUCAAACUCGCGCAUUGAUUUGUCCAUUCGUAUCUUUUGCUGCCCGCUGCUUCGACCGGGGCUCCUCUAGCUCUCUGACUCUCUCUCUCCCGGUAUCGUACAGGCACUUCUAUCAAGAUCGCACAAAAGAAGCCGCUGUUAGUUAGUUUCGUU